AUGGAGCGCGGUGACCAAGCCGGCGCGGGCCAUCGCCCCCUGGCUCAAUCAAGGUCCCCGGAACAAGGUCUUGGCCUCUCUACGGCCGUUGCGGCACACGAUCACAGGGGCCUGUCUGCUAGCAGCUCCGGGGGAUAUGCGCCUGCCAACCUUGGCGGCGGCCGUGGCGUCCCUGAGGGCGCACCAGACAUGGCGCCAGGUCAGCCGGUUACGAGUGCAGGAUUGGGCCUGAAUACGGCGUCCACUGUGCCAGGGAGCUCAGGGGCAGCCAGACACGGCGAUGCAGGUAUAGAUCUUGGUGCUGGCAGCGGCCAUGGCAGUCCGGCGGGGAUGGCUGGCGCUGGCGGUCCCGGCACCUCGCCCAGCGCAUCUCCCUCCACAGCUGCAGCGGCACCCCCAAAACCCAUCCGUCGCAGGAUGCGCAUGAUUACGUCGUGCCUUGAGUGCCGACGACGUAAGCUCAAGUGCAACAAGUCGCAGCCGUGCACAAACUGCCUCAAGUUUGGCCGGGAAUGUCACUAUCUAGGCCCUAAGCUAGACGAAGCCAGCCAGCUCAAACUGACACAAAUCAAGGAGAAGGUUGGAUCUCUCGAGCGCCAGCUGGAGCGUGACGUUGUUCAUAAGUCUGGCCGGCCGACAGGCAAGGGUGUCUUUUACCAACAGCGGUUUCUGGCCGACGAGAUCGGCGAUGACGAUGACGAGGAGAGAGACCUCGAAAUCACCCCCAUGGUAACUCUGGAUGUCACAUACGAAGAAGACGAUGACGGGGAGGGGGGUAUUCCCGACGAGGUUAUCGAUCUAGGGAUCCAGGUGGGCCGGAUGCGAAUUACGGAGCGCAUCGGAGGGCUCAAUCGUCCUCGACUCUCAGAAGAGCUUUCGGCUGGCCUUUCGGGCGGAGGCCCAGGCCGCUCUCCUCCGUCUCAGCAAGCCGGAGCUCCGCCAAACAGACCUUCACCACCAAGCGGCAACGCACCAGACCCAGGCGCAGGACUGCCCGACUUUCUUCGGCCAAGCCCAGCAUACAUGGUCCCGACUGGUGGCUUCUUUUUUGGACAGAUACUGGCCACACCUAGUCUCGAACAUUUUCUGCCUAACCGAGCAGCUGCUGAUCGACUUCUGCAACAAUACUUUGACGCUGUCCACCCCGUGGCUCGCUGUGUUCAUCGCCCAUCAUUCGAGCAGCAAUAUCAGUCCUUCUGGGAGGAUGCUUCUCUUGGUCGUGAACCACGCCCCUCGAUACAAGCAUUGAUGUUUGCUGCGUGGUUUAGUGCCUUGGUAUCGAUGGGUGAAGAUGUCAUUCUUCAAGAAUUUGGCUGUACCAAGGCGGGUCUAGUCGACCACAUGAAGAUGGGUGUAGAGACGGCCCUGAGCAAGGCCAAUUUCUUGCGGACAACCAAGGUCGAUACCAUGCAGGCCUUUGUGAUGUAUAUGAUCCCACUUUGCCGCGCUGAAGUAUCGAGAGCCCACUCAGUUCUCGUCGGAGCUGCGGUUCGGAUGGCGGAGUGCAUGGGACUACACAGAGACGGAGAGACAUAUAAUCUUGCUCCACUCGAGACCCAUGUCCGUCGUCUGAUCUGGCAUCAACUGUGUUUUCUCGACAUCCGCACAUGCGAAGCACAAGGCCCCAAGCCCGCCAUCCGGAGAGAGGACUACGACACCAAGCUCCCCGUCAACUGCGAGGAAGACCAAUUGACGCAUGCCGUCGCACAUCCGCAGCCGGCUGAGAGGUGGACUACGACGUUGCUGCCGCUCGUUCGCUUCGAGAUCAACGAGAUGAUGCGCAUCAUCUGGAUGGACCGUCGAAGACUUGAAGUCCGCAGAACCACGCUGACAGCCGUGCUUGCCAAGGUCGAAAACUUCCGCAAGCGCAUGCUGGACAAGUACAACCGAUUCCUGGACGACCAAGUUCCCAUUCAGAAAUAUACCAAGCUUGUCAUGCACCUACUACUGUGUCGGCUACAUGCUAUGGUUCUACACCCGUACCAUACCAACACAGCGAACCCAAUGCCGCCGCGGCUCAACAGCGUCCUGGUCAUGAGUGGCAUCAUGAUCAUUGAAAUCUCCAUACAGCUAGAGACGGAUGCUCUAUUCAAGGCAUGGUCGUGGUACCUUGGAGCGUAUCAGCAGUUUCAGAUCGCACUGCUGUUGGCUACGGAAGUCUAUUAUCGCCCAAACAACAAAGAGGCAGAUCGGAUUUGGGCCUGCCUCGAUUACGUAUUCCACAUGGAUCGACGUUCGACGAGGGAAGAGAAAGGCAUGCAGAUAUUGCACGAGAUUAUGAGCAAGACAGCUGUCUAUUCGACGUGGCGCAAGAUGCGGGCGCCGAAUGAUGUCGCUAAGGCGGUCCCGGAGAAGGAUGCCAUCAAAUCGGACGCGGGCACGCCGCCGUUUGGUAGUACAGCUGGUGCGAGCAAUCUGGCCCCAUCACAGGCAGAACAAGCACAGCCACAAGCCCCUGCCGCCUACCAACAAGCACAGUCAAUGAACAAACCCCUGGCCAUACCGAACCUGAAGGUAGAGCCGGGCAGCAGUGCCAUGCCGAGGAUGCAGAUGCAUCACCAGCAGCAACCUCAGAUGCAGGGAAUCAUGGUGCCACCUCCACCAACGGAACAGCAGCGCCUCUAUUAUGAAGAUCAAUGGCAGAGCCAUAUGCAGAUGACAGGCCAAAAUCCUAUGCCCCCUCGAGCACCGUCUAAUGCCGUCUUUGGUGGCGUCAGCAGCCGCGGCGAACCUCUAUGGGGUUUCAGGCCGCCUGGAGGACAAGGCAUGCCUUCGACGUAUUCAGACCAGGGUGGUUACGAGGGAAAUAUGCCCGAGAGGCAGGCCAUGCGACAGCAACAAGGUGUGCCCCAGAUGCAGGCACCGCCGCAGCAGCAGUAUCAGCCCCAGCAGGAACAGCUGCCUCCAGAACUGCCACAGAUCGGCGCUGAAGUGCAGGCAGGUAUUAUGGACAAUAUCGACUGGCAUGCUAACGAGACGGCUACAUCGCAGGAGACACUCUCGGGACUCUUCCCCUACGACCCGCAGACGGGCGAGCUCGGCAUCGCUGGCUUCACCGACCCGGCGCUUGGCAUGAAGUGGUCUUAG